UUUGUGUUUGUGUUUGUGUAUUUUUCCUGUGUCAGUCAGCAUUUUUCACACUCUCAGAUUCUCUUCGCUUUCCUUAAACCCUGUCUGGGAACCUUAGAAUUUGAUUCUCAGAGAACUCUAAGGUACGUUUUCCGUACAAAAAGAUUGUAUCUUUCAAAGGUUUUUCUGUUACAUAAGUCGAUUUUUUUGGGUUUUCAUUUCUUGAAUUGAAGAACUUGCUUGAGCUACGGUUUUGUACAAAAAGAAGAAAGAGAUUGUAUCUAUUGGGUUUCUGUUGCAUAAAUCAAUUUAUUUAUUUAUUUUUGGGUUUUGGAUUUUCAUUAUUUGAAUAAAUGUAUUUGAAAGAAGGGUGUUCCUUAUUGUUGAAAGUCCACAAACCUUCAAUCCCAUUUGUGCUAAACACAAACCCAAUUCUCAAUCCCACCAAACCCCAAGUUGAGCAAAGCCAAUCUCUCGUCAGAGAAAACGACGUUGUAAACAGGCUGAGACGCGAGCGUGACAUAGUUAUGGCCUUGGAGUAUUUCAAGUCCAUAGCCAAUUCAGGAACUUUCAAACACACCCCAUUAACGUACAAGACAAUGAUCGAAAAACUCAGUUGGGAAAACGAUCAAACAGAUGGUGUGCAAUACCUGUUGCACCAAAUGAAGUUGGAGGGAAUUCGAUGCUCCGAGGACUUGUUUGUCGGUGUGAUAAAAUGUUUUUGCCGAGCUGGGUUGGCCGAGCAAGCAUUGAAGACUUUUUAUAGGAUUAGGGAAUUUGGGUGCAAGCCGACAGUGAAGAUAUACAAUCAUGUUUUGGAUGCAUUGCUUAGUGAAGAUAGGUUUCAGAUGAUUAAUCCGAUAUAUAGUAAUAUGAAGAGAGAUGGGAUGGAGCCGAAUGUGUUUACAUAUAACAUUCUUUUGAAGGCAUUGUGUAAGAAGGAUAAGGUUGAUAGUGCUUGCAAGUUGCUUGUGGAAAUGUCGAAUAAAGGGUGCUCUCCUGAUGUUGUGAGCUAUACGACUGUAGUGUCUGCGUUGUGCAAGCAUGGGAAGGUGGAGAAAGCAAGGGAUCUUGUUAUGAGGUUUGAACCCAACACUGCAGUUUAUAAUGCAUUGAUAAAUGGGGUUUGCAAGGAAUACAAGUUUGAGGAGGCAUUUGGGUUGUUAUCUGAGAUGGUGGAUAAGGGAGUUGAUGCUAAUGUCAUCACAUACUCAACAGUUAUUAGUUCUCUUUGUGAUGUGGGGAAUGUUGGGUUGUGUCUUGCAGUUUUGGCCCAAAUGUUUAGGAGAGGAUGUAGUCCCAAUGUUUACACAUUUAGUUCCUUAAUAAAGGGACAUUUCUUAGGAGGGAGGCAGUAUGAAGCUCUUGAAUUGUGGAAUCGAAUGAUUCAGGAGGGAUCUGUGCCCAAUGUUGUUGCAUACAAUAUUCUAAUACAUGGUCUCUGCUCCAAUGGGAAUUUGGGUAAAGCUGUAUCUGUUUGCAAUGAAAUGGAGAGAAAUGGCUAUCCUCCCAAUGUGACUACAUAUAGCACUCUUAUUGAUGGCUUUGCAAAAUCUGGAAACUUGGUUGGUGCAUCUGAGACAUGGAACAAGAUGAUAGCCCAUGGUUGUCAUCCAAAUGUUGUGGCGUAUACCUGCAUGGUAGAUGUCCUCUCAAGGAAUUCUAUGUUCAACCAAGCUCAUUUUCUUAUAGAGAAUAUGAAUACUGAAGCUUGUCUGCCAAAUACAGUUACAUUCAAUGCUUUUAUCAAAGGGUUAUGUGACAGUGGAAGAAUAGACUGGGCUCUUAAAGUGCUUGGUCAGAUGGAGAGAUGUGGGUGUUUUCCGAACAUCACAACAUAUAAUGAGCUCUUGGAUGGUUUCCUUAAAUUAAACAGAUUCAGAGAAGCUUUUGCGCUUGCUAGGGAGAUAGAAGAAAGUGGGAUUGGGCAGAAUUUGGUGACUUAUAAUACCAUUUUGUAUGGAUUUUGUCUUGCUGGUAUGCCUCAUGAGACUUUGCAGCUUCUUGGGAAAAUGCUUCUAGGGGGGAUAAAGCCUGAUGCCAUUACAUAUAACAUAAUAAUUUAUGCCUACUGUAAGCAGGGAAAGGUUAAGUCUGCCAUCGAAGUUUUGAACCGAAAUAGUUCAGCAGAAGAGUGGCAUCCAGACAUAAUAACGUACACUACGCUUAUAUGGGGGAUCUCUAAUUGGUUAGGCAUUGAAGAAGCCGUUGUUUUUCUUCACAAAAUGUUAAAUGAAGGAAUCUACCCCAACCUUACCACCUGGAAUGUGUUAGUCCGCUGUUUCUUCAGCAACUUAGGUCAUAUGGGGCCAAUUCACAUUCUGGAUGAUAUCCUGGGUAAUGGAUUAGAUACACGAGUUUGAAUGUUUUUUCAGGAA